AUGAACAGUAGUAUGAUUAAAGAUGAAAUCUACAAACAGGAUAUGAAUAAUGAAAUUAUUAAAUUCUGUCAACGUGCUGCCAGACAAGCCCUCCAAGAUGCUAACAACUAUGGAAACGCCAAUAAUAGAGAGCAGACAGUGGCCUCUUCAGUGCGAAAAGCUAUUGAGAACCAGUAUCCUGGUACAUGGAGUUGCGUUUGCGGCCAAAGAUUCGGCAGUGAGGUUGCCUACAUCAAGGACCACUUUGUAUUCUUCUCAGUCGAUGGCAUGUCAUUUAUGGUAUUCAAAUCCGCUGAUCAUCGAUAA